CUGCCGUUCGCGGAGUGGGCGCGGCUGGAGGCGGUGGUGGGCGGGGUGACGGGGGCCACGCGCGCCUCCAGACACGCCCUGCGCGCCGCCAUUGAGGAGCGCGAUAUGCCGCACCACCAUGUGCUAUACAUCGCCAGGGUGGCGUGCGAGGUGGGCACCACUGAGGGUCAGCCGGGGCUGCUGGGUGUGACGUCACUGGUGGCGGCCGUGCUGCGCCGCGCCGACCUCCUCGUCUGCGGCGCCAAGCAACAGGAUCUUGCCAACGCAUUGAGUAUCUGCGAGGAGAAGUGCAACGAGCUGCAGCGCGAGUACGAGGAGGUGGAGCUGGGGCGGGGUGCGGGGGCGGGGGCGGCGGAUGCGUUUGUGGAGGACGAGCUGGAGGUGCUACUGCCCGCAGCCGCGGAGUGGGGCGCCGUGCGCGCGCUGCUCUACUCGCCCUGGCACCGCGCACGCGUACUCACAAGCCUCAUAGGACAGCCCUACACCGGGGAGAGCGCGGCGGGCGCGCGGUUCUGGGAGCAGCAGGCGACGUCGCUGGCGGUGGCGUCGGGCUCGGCGGCGGUGGCGCGCGCGCUGGCGCAGUACUGCCCCCACAGUCACUACCUCAACAUCGUAGGUUCGUGCGCGCCGCUGUGGGCGCAGGCGGGCGUGCUGCGCAGACUGGGCGGGGUGGCGGUGCGGGGCGUGGCCGCGCUCGCCGCGCUGCUGCCCGCACUCGUGCGCGCCCUACACUCCAACUGGGCGCCUAAAGAGAGCGAGGCGCUGUGCCGGUGUGUGCGGCGCGUGCUGAGCGCGGAGGCGGCGAUGGCGGUGGCGGGGUGCGGCGUGGUGGGCGCGCUGCUGCGUCUGGAGGCGGAGGGUCACGCCGCGCGCCCGCGUCUGCCGCACGCGCUCUACGCCGCGCUCGACCUCGCACCGCAACACAAGUGGCUGUACGUGCGGGGCGCGGCGUGGUGCGGCGGCGAGGCGGCCGGCCUGGCGGACGCGCUGCUCGACAAGAUGCUGCGUCUGCACGCGCUGCCGCACGAGCUGCAGCCGCUGCUCGACGCGCACAAUCGCAACGCCCACCUCACGACCGCACACGCCCCCGUCACACCUCAACACGCCCCCGAGACAACGGAACAUGCUCCCGACACGGAGGAACACGCCGAGCCUGAUGCGGAACAGGAUGAACCCCGUGAAAAGAUUGAGGGGUACAUAUUUAAUGAGGCGUUUGAUGUAUUCGACGAGGAUCGUGUCCAGCCGGAGGAGCGGCGCGGGUACGAGCUGCUGCGGGACGAGAACGACGCGGCGGAUGAGGGAUCCCGCGGAACAUAAGUAUUCAAGUAUUCAGCGGAAGUCAAUGGGGAACAAAUAUUGUGUUCCGUGUAUGUAUGGAGGGUUCAUCUCAGUCAAACGUUAUUUAGUUGUAAAUUUAUUUUGCUGAUAUGUUUUUAGAAAGCUUUAAAGUUGUAUUUAUAUUUUGACUGAGAUUGUUUGCCUUUACGAGGCAUGUUGUUGGGAUGCGAGUGUACUUAGCCUAGUUUUUUUUUUAUUUUAGUGCUUGGAACAACACUGUGCUUUGUAUUUUUUAUGCCAACCAUGUAAUGAAUUGUGACGUUAAUUUAUAAUCUCACUAACUUAUGUUUCCGACAAUUUAAAUACUGAAUGAAUUCAAAAUUUGAUAUCAAAAUCGGCAAUUUUUUUUCUCUUUGUCAUCAUAUUGCAUUUUUUUAAGUAAGGUUAUAAACUGACAGUGUACACUUUUACGGUGACAUAAAAAAUAGACGCGUUCAAAACCACUAUUAGUUAAGUAUAAUUUGUAUUUCCCGCCUACUUCAAUAUAAAUAAAUGCAUUAGUACAUAUAAUAUAUU